CGUCCCUGAACAGCAAUUCGACGUUAGUUGUCAAUCCUAGACGCUGAAGUUGCACUGCAGCCCGGACACCUACCACCACGUGAGCUCGUCGAAAUGAUCUUCGACUUCCCAAACGCGUCCCUCGUCAUCCGGGUGUCGCAUGCCACUAUCUUCCAAUACGAGCCCUGCGCAACGACACCGUCAAUUCGUUGAUCCACGCUACUCCAUUAUCGCUCGCAACACACCUGUAAAACCCAGGGGAGCCAAUUGAAGCUUCUCUCCCUGUAAUUGGAUGCCGCGGAACUCUGCUUGCAGCUUACUAUUGCUGCCACCUUUGCCACCCUUCUGCUCUGUCUCCAUCUCUACGUUCUGCUCAUUGGAGCCUGUCGCGCUGUUGCUGUUAAUGUCGCCGCUCUGCGGUCGGAAGAAGGUUUUGACGGACGCCGUCCCGUCAAAGUGGAUGCGGCACGGCAGCGAGUGCACGUUUUCCUCCGCUGGUGGCAGCGGACAGCGUGUCAAACACACGCGCACGGUGCUGGAGGCGUCUUCUGCCAUGUUUCGUUCUUGAAAUGUUUUUAGCGGGAAACGCGUUCCCGCCAAAAUAAGUAUAAAUUACGACAGGAUUUCGAUGUAGCCACAAUAGUAAUUGCAAUGGAUGUGGUAGGAGUACGCUCCUCGAUGGUGCUCUCUCUUGGCUCUCGGCGCUAAAGUUACCUGUUAAUCUAUGUAUCAUUGUGCGCAGCAGUCGGUCGCACCCGUGAAGCGCUCGCGCGACGAAGCAAGCAAGCUGCUGGGCGAGAAAAUGCUGCAGGGCUGGACAAUGCUGGGUGCUAGCUGUCCCGUGGAUGACUGCUAUACGCCACUAAUGCGCAAUAAGCAGGGCAAAAUGUACUGUGUUCGAUGCGACCAGUUUGUGGUCACCGAGGAAGAGGCCAAGAAGCAGGCGGAACAGGAGGCUGAAGAACUCGCUGCGACUGAGAAGGAAGAGGCCGAGGCCGAAGCUCGGCGCGAGGAGGAGCGCGCACGCCGCAUCGAGCAGCAGUUCCGCUUGGAAGAGCAAGCCAAGCAGGCCAAGGAGAUGCAGGAACUCGAGCAAGUGAAGGCUCGUCGAGCGACGGCAACAUACGGAGCUGGUAUAGCGAGGCUGCGAUUCUACUUCGAUCGACUCUAACAUGCUUUUGCUUUCUGCUCGUGACAUUAUUUGCUACAGCGAAACGCAAGAUUGACAGCGCGGUGAGCACCAUCAGUCCCGACAGCGACGCAGAAGUGAAUGCCAUCCGCCGUCGGACUCUCGCUGCGCUUUAUCAGGUGGAGCAUCCGCAUUUAUUCUAAUCUGUUGCCGGUCCUAUCGUGCGCUUAUUGCCUUUGGGGAAUUUUGCGAGUGGUUUGAAGCACGAUCACGUGGACUCGACAGUCCGAUCUUUUGCAUGUCUGCAAGCCGAUCAGACAAACUCAACGAUGGCAGACCACUCUCUUGGGAAGCCUAUUGAAGUAUUAACGUUUGCGAUGUAUUUCUUGCAUGUAUUGUAGAAGAUGGCUAUCCUCACCGAUUCGCUCUCACCCAACGACCACAGUGAGCGUCUCAUCUCCGUCGCGAAAGCAGUGCGGGAGAUCGCUGAGACUGCUUGCCUUCUGGAGCAGUAGCUCACACAGUGGAGUGAUACGACGGCAAGAUGCGCAUGGUUAUCAAUGCAAUCGUCGUCGUGAUUGAUUGAAAAAUCGUACUCAGAAGCUCUUGGCACUUAUAGAUCCGUCGUAUGGCGUGGAAUGCCAAAAUCCUCGUCUAGUGUCUCUAGUCCCUCCUCCGCCAAAAGCGAUUUCUGAUCAUCAGCCUUCGCAGGUGCCGUCUUGACAUGCGAGGUUUCUUCCACUGAAGCGUAGAUGUACGUGAGGCACACAACAGCGACACCACUAGAACACACAAUGACAACAAGUCAGCAUUUGCCACAGAAAAGGUAAAGUUCGUGACGCACCAGAGAAUUAGGUAGAGCUUGGCGAUACCAUUCUUCUCGGGAUUCGAACCUCGCCCCAAGAAGUUGAUAGCAGACAACGUGUACACAGCAAUUAAAAUGUUGCAGAUAUAGCUGACGACCAUGUAGAAAGCGAACGCUCGUGAACGGAUGUGCACCGGCGUGAUGUCUCCUAGCAUGACCCUAUCAACAGAUAAAUUGUGUGAACAAAUCGAUCCAUAACAACAGCCAGAAUUCAAUGUAAACGUACCACACGACAGCACCGAGACCAACAGCGAACCCACCAACAAACAUGAGUACCGAUAUCACAGCGACCGUACCCUGGACUGCAAGAUUCUGGUUGAGGUAGAGCAGUGACCAGCUCAGUACUCCGAGUGCGAGAAUCAUAAUAGUAGUACCAACGAUGAGCAGAGGACGGCGUCCAUAUGAGUCCACAAAGCGCACGGAUAUGAUCGUGACGCCUACGUUGGUGAAACCUACGACGGCCGUGGCGAAGAACGGGUUGGUCACCCCAGCGAAGUGGAAAAUCUUGGCCGAGUACAGCAUCACAGUGUUGAUGCCAGUCAUAGCCUGGAAAAAGACGAGGAUAGUGCCUGUUACCAUGACUUUCUUAUGUGCCAGGAGGUGCGACCAAGUCACAUGAGGCUCGUGCUGACGGUGCUCCAUCACGCGAGCGAUUUCCUGUACUUCAGUUUCAAUGGCAUCCUUUUGGUUCUUUGGACGUAGAAACACCAGCGUUGCACGGGAUUGGUCACGCCCACGGUUCUUCAUAAGCCACCACGGACUUUCCGGUACAAGUGACGCGCACAGACACUGUAUCAAUGGUGGCAGGAUCAUGAAUCCGUUGAGGUAUCGCCACCCGGAGGGCACAUUGGAGAUGAAGAAAAAGCCCAGUACAGCUGUCACCAGCAUUCCGAUCGUCAAACUGAGUUGAUGCAGUGACGUGAUCUCCCCGCGUGAGAUGGCAGGCGAGAUCUCCGUUAACAAGAUCGGAACUGUGUUGGUUACAACACCCGACGCCAGUCCAAUGAGCAGUCGGCCAGCAUAGAGCUCGCGCUUGGACGUGGCGAGUGCACAGAUAGCACCGCCAAUAAUAUAGAGCACAUUAUUGAUGAGUAUGGUU